GUGGCGGGGGGGGGGCAGCGGGGAGGCCCCGGGCCCGGUCCCAGCCCCGGGGGCGCUUUGCGGCGGCGGCGCUUUACGGCCGGGCCCGAUGAGCUUUUACGACGCCUUCCGCGGCUUCUUCGGGCUCCCGGGGGGCCGCAGGCCCCGGGAGCCGCUGUUCGGCGGAGCGCCGCGGGACGAGGACGAGGACGAGGCCGCCGAGGGCCUCCCCCGGCCGCCGCCGCCCCCCGAUGGCUUCGGCUUCGGCCCCGGGGGGGCCUUCGAGGAGCUGCUGCGGGACGCGGCCGAGCUCCUGGGCGCCUUCGGGGGGGCUUGGGCCGGGCCCCCCCCGGCCAUAGGUGGGAACGGACCGAAGGGGGGGCCUGGCGGAGCCUCACCCCCCCCUCACCCCCGGUUGUGCCCCGCAGAGCCCCCCCUGCCCGGCCCCAGCCCCGGGCGGCCGCUGCGGGACUCGAUGCUGAAGCACCCGGACGGCCCCGAGGACUCCCGAGACCCCGCCCGGCCCUGGAGCCUCCUCCCUGAGCUGGAGGACGCUCGCCCGGCCCCCCCGGAGCGCAGGGAGGACCGAGAUCUGGACUCGGAGGUGUCCUCAGCGGGGCUGGGCACCAUCCUGCGGCCCCACGAGCCCCAGCCCCGCUCCUACUUCCAGAGCGUCUCCGUCACCAAAGUGACGCUGCCUGACGGGGCGGUGGAGGAGCGCCGCACGGUGCAGGACAGCCACGGCCGCCGCGAGACGACCGUCACCCUGCGGAGGGGCUCCCAGGCCUUCGUCAGCACCACCACGGAGGACGGGCAGGGCAAGGAGCACCGCGAGGAGCUGCUCGGCGUGGAUGACCGGGAGCUGGAGCAGUUCGCAGGCACGUGGCCGCAGCACGAUGAGCUCCGUGCGCCCACCCUGAGUGACCCCUCGGCCAUGCUGGGCAGCUUCUUCCAUCGCUGGUUCUCCGGCUGGUAGCCCUGACCUCCUGCUGGCCACCCCCAGUGGGCCAGGUCCUGCGGGGAUGCAGCGGCUGCGCUGGGGGCUGCCCCCCCCCCCUUCUGGGGCACCGCCGCGUUUUGGGGGCAAACAUGUAGAUGUGUACAGAGCAAUAAAUCUAUUUAUUCUAA